AUGAAUGAAGAGCUAACGAAUGCCUAUUCUAGGAAAAAGUUUCUUGAGCUUGAGGUUAUUCAAGCUAAUGCCAAAGUGGAGCAUGUUGCUUCAAAGAAACUUGAUGAGGUGUUUGCCUAUCAAAAGCCCUCUUCUGAUAGAAGUGGCUUGGGAUAUACCGAAGAAAGUAGCUCAAGUUCUAAUGUGUCCAAGGAGAUGAAGUUUGUUAAAGCCAAGGAACAUCGGCCAAAUUGCCAAAAGCUUCAAGCAUUGAAGGAAGCGGGUUCUCAAAGGCCAAGAGGACAAGGAAAGGGCAAGGGGAACCACAAGCAAUCAAAAGGGCGAGAAGUAGAUCCCAGUGUUGGUGAUGUGAUGAAGAUGAUAGACACCAUCACUUCUUGCUUGGCCAACUUCACCCUAAGGUUUGAGAACCGUCACUCAAGUACCCAAUCCUUUAAAGAUAUCACCCCAAAUGCAUGUGCCAUGUGGGUGAAGAAGGGUUAUAAGAAAGAUUUGCAUGGCAUUUUCCUUGUUAUAGUUUUCCUCCAAGAAAUUCUGACAAUGGAGUUCUCUUCUUCCAAAAGUAAUGAGAAAGAAGACCAUAGGUCUGAUCUAAAAACUCUCAACUUAUACAACGAGAUAAUAUCAACCCUCCCAAAAAGAAAAGGAUGGAAAUCAGAUGAACUCUACCAUUAUCAGGGAUUUUGGCACAAUUUCUUCAACUUGGAAGGGCUCUUGUCAGCUCAACAACAUUUCAAGCCAGAAACCAACGACAUUAUUUUGAGCAGCUUUCCGAAAACCGGCACAACAUGGCUUAAGGCAUUGUCUUUUGCCAUCAUGACAAGAUCCUCUUUUGAUAUUUCUGCAAGCCCUUUGCUCACAACAAUGCCACAUGAGUGUGUACUCUCCUUAGAGGGUGCCCUUGCCCACAAUUCAUUUCACAGGAAUCAAGACACUCCACUUAUAGGUACACAUGUUCCCUACACUUCCUUGCCAAAAUCUAUAAUAGAUUCUGGGUGCAAAAUAAUUUAUAUAUGUAGAGAUCCUAAGGAUACAUUUGUAUCUCUAUGGCAAUUUGCUCGUAAUGCAAGUUUGAAGGGUGUGGAUUCCUCAACCAGCGAAGUUAUUGACUUAGAGAAAGCAUUUGAGUUAUUUUGUGAUGGGGUAACUUAUUAUGGACCAUAUUGGGAUCAUGUAUUAGGGUAUUGGAAAGCAAGCUUAGAAUCUCCUGAGAGGAUAUUAUUUUUAAAAUUUGAAGAUUUAAAAAAAGAAGCCUUGUUUUAUGUAAAGAAAAUGGCUGAAUUUAUGGGUUAUCCGUUCUCUUUGAAAGAAGAAGAAAAAGGAAUGGUCCAAAAGAUUGUAGACCUGUGUAGUUUUCAGAAUUUGUCCGAACUAGAGGUGAAUAAAACUGGACAUCUUCAUGGAAACUUGUUUGAAAAAAGAUUAUUUUUCCGAAAAGGUGAGACUGGAGAUUGGAAGAAUUAUCUUACACCAACGAUGGCUACACGUCUUGACCAGAUAACAGAGCAAAAACUAAAAAGUUCUGGCUUGACAUUUAAUGCCUAAUCUAACGUUUGAAUUGGUAGAU